UUUGUUUUUGGGUCUUUUAUCUUUAAAGAUUUGUACCUCUUUUUACUUUCAUUUAUGUUUGUUUGUUAUUUUCAAACAUUUUCUAACUUUCUUUAUUUGACAUAGUCCCUGUCGCGUAUUGCGCGGAUGAUUCUCUCGAUCUCGAAUUGAGUGAGGCUGGCCCCCCGGGGGAGGCUCGGGGGAACCUGUCCCCCGAUCUCUUGCGGAAAACGAGGCGGCCUUAUACAGGCAAUGGUUGCCCCUGGCGGCUCAGGAACCGGCUCCAGCCGGGGCGGCUCAUACCGCUCACCCGCUUCCCGCUGGGGGGCCAAUCCCGAGCAGCCUUGGCCUGACUUUGGGCCGCCGAGGCUGCUACCGGAGAUAGCCCAAAAUAGGGGGAGUACUCCGGAUAUCAUGGAAGAUAUUUUGAGUACUCCGCCCAGUAGGAGCGAGAAUCGAAGAAUCUAAAUUGGACCUAAUCCAACAGAUUGAGAAUGCAGUCAAAGAGGGGGCAGUCAUCAAAUCAACUAUGUCGAUUUUAGUCUAAUGACUAAAUGGAUCAUUGAUGAUCAAGACGACGAGCGCCCCCCAACUCUCCGCUAUAUCCUAAAGCAGCUCCGUAGUAAGGGAGAGGGAAGCACGUACUAGAAAAGCAUGCUUCAGGCAUGUUGUUAAAUGCCCUUUUUCUGUCGUCUUUGCCGAGCCUGAUUUUCUUUUCUAUGGACGUGUUUUGCUGGAUAAGAUAAGGAGGACCGCCCUUCGACGCUUCUUUCGCUGUAUACCCCCUCCAUCCUUCGGAGGUGGAAGAAAGGGUACUAUAUUUAUCUAUAUAUCUAUAUUUUAGGGCCCCAGAACGCUAAAAAGGUGGGGGAGAAGCAAGCCGAACCUCUGAUCGACCUGGACACAUAAAGAAUUCUCGGGGUCGAGAGAGAUUUGAGAUUCCGUAAGUAACUCAGUGAGUGCUUUCUAAGAAAAGGGCUUGGCUUGGAAGAAGAAAAUGAAAUACGAACAACCGCGCUGGUCGUAAUAGAUCGACUUUCAUGCUAGUUCUUGCUCCAGCAUGAAAGUUCCAUUUCAGGGAAGGACGACGUACCAUGAUACUUUCUGUUUCGUCGAGCCCUGCUUUGGUCUCUGGUUUGAUGGUUGUACGUGCUAAAAAUCCGGUACAUUCCGUUUCGUUUCCCAUCCCAGUCUUUCGCGACACUUCAGGUUUACUUCUUUUGUUAGGUCUCGACUUCUCCGCUAUGAUCUUCCCAGUAGUUCAUAUAGGAGCUAUUGCCGUUUCAUUCCUAUUCGUUGUUAUGAUGUUCCAUAUUCAAAUAGCGGAGAUUCACGAAGAAGUAUUGCGCUAUUUACCAGUGAGUGGUAUUAUUGGACUGAUCUUUUGGUGGGAAAUGUUCUUCAUUUUAGAUAAUGAAACCAUUCCAUUACUACCAACCCAAAGAAAUACGACCUCUCUGAGAUAUACGGUUCAUGCCGGAAAGGUACGAAGUUGGACUAAUUUGGAAACAUUGGGCAAUUUACUUUAUACCUACUAUUCCGUCUGGUUUUUGGUUCCUAGUCCUAUUUUAUUAGUAGCCAUGAUUGGGGCUAUAGUACUUACUAUGCAUAGGACUACACAGGUGAAAAGACAGGAUGUAUUCCGACGAAAUGCUAUUGAUUCUAGGAGGACUAUAAUGAGGAGGACGACAGCCGCUCACGCCCCCCGGUCGGCCGUGUUUGCGACCAGGGGAGGGGCUCCCGGUGGGAAUGGGAGAGCCUUCGCUAGCGCUUUGGAUGAGCACAAGCUCACCCUGCCAGCACUAUUCAAUAAUGGAAGGAGACUUUUGAAAUGAUUGACCGCUGAACUGAGAUGCCAGGUGCGGCUCAGAGAAGAGGAGCAUGACAUAUGAUGCUGUAGCUGUAGCAGCAGCCGUAGCAAGGCCCACUAUCACUAUUAUAUAAUUUUAGCGAGCAAUGAGGGCAUGCCUCUAACGAGAGCUGUAUUCAGAGUUGCGGGACCUAUGGUGAGAGGCUAGAGCAGACCUCUCUACUAGUGUAGGGCUUGCAAUCGGUCUUUUAGCUCGUUCAUCUAAUUCUGCUGGUCUAGGAGUGGCUCCCCUGCUUCGGGAGUCGCCUCCCCAAAAUACGACGGCCUGAUCAAGAGAGCCAGAAGCUGGGGCCGCCCGCCGGAGCUUCUUUCUAUUGACUCUGUUUGUUUCCGGGGGGCUUGGCUUGAACCACUCCCAUUGAGGCUGAGUAAAGAACUGAAGCUAGCAGCUCCCUCGAGUUCACCGGUGAGGCCCGGGGCCAAAGAAUCAAUGGAAUUAACUUCGUCGUUGCGAAACGAGUCAAGAAGGAAGGACGUCAAGCCCCUCAGAGGCACUCGAGGAUACCAUUCUGAUAGGGACUUAAGUUCUGUAUCAGAACUGUACGAAAGAACGUGUUAAAAAUCAAGGCAGCUAUUGGCAGGCAAGCUACCUCUCUCCGUCCGGAUCAAAAAACGGAUUCUCGGCUCAGCAGCCAGAACAGACAGGACGCCUGUCUCCUGGAAUUUUGGUUGUCCUGUUCGGAUCAGGGCUGGGGCGUAUGCCAGGUGACUUAGAAAAGGAUAGGUAACCCGCUUCUAAUAGUUAGUUUUUUCAUUCGGGCUUGCACUUACCGCUAUUUUUGGGGGUUUGAUAUUGUGGUAGUUGUAUGGUAAGGUAGGGCUUUAAUGGUAUGGUAAGGGGUCAGGGGUAAGGAGUGACGCCGGGUAAUUGGAGGUAAGGAACUGGGACGUGUUUCCUACCACGGGGAUGACCCCUCCUGAGACUUAUGGUGAUCUAUCUAUAUGGUCUCAGCCCGGGUCCUUGUACGCUGAAGCUGUCAAGUCCGUACGAGGCGCUGUAAGCGUUUCAGGAGGGCGAUUUCCUUUUCGUGUCGCCCUCUUCCUCGCGUUCCUUGUGUCUAUCUUUUCUGAAAGGCGGGUCUUCCUAGCAAGUAAUAAACCUUGCUAGUCAGUCAUCUUUGAUCCUGAUCGGCCGACCUUUCCGAUCCCGAAACAAACAUAGUUCGGCUCUCUUUUUUCGGUCAUUCAGAUGCAAAAAUCCGUGAAGGCGACGAGAGAUGCCACCUGCUCUUUCCGUUCCUUCUCUUUCGGAGUGGAGCACUCCUUCUUUCUUGGCUUGGUAGUGUUCUGAGCGAGCCUUCGCGUGACGUGAACGCUACCUAUGAAGUGGAAUCCGUCUGUCUUGUCUUCCACCUCAUAAGGGAGUUGCGUUCCGAGGGACUACAAAUCUCUACGGAACUUGGA